UACCUGAAGCCACACACUGGGAGAUAAACGGAACAGUAGCAGAAUGUCCUCCUCCUCAGUCAUUGUCCUCUUGGGCUGUGUAAUUCUUGGAGUGUCACUAUCCGAUGCUGCCCCACGUUCAAGAUGUCCUAAUGGAUGGUUUUUCUACAAGUCUCAUUGCUAUGGAUAUUUUCGUUUUAAACUGAGUUGGUCUGAAGCUGAGUUUGAGUGUGUCAGUUAUGGACAUGGUGCACAUUUGGCCUCCAUCCUGGAUCCUUCUGAAGCGGACAUAAUUGCAAAAAAUGUGCUUGCUUAUCCAUACAAUGGUGAUGUCUGGAUAGGCCUCCAUGACCCUGAACAGAACCGUAGAUGGAAGUGGAAUGAUGGCUCAAUGUAUAAUUACCGGAACUGGAAAAAUGGAGAGCCAAAUAAUAUGGGUGAUGGGGAGAACUGUGGAGAGCUGGCAGUAGAAACCCAAUUUAAUAAGUGGAAUGAUGCCCCAUGUCACAUAGAAAACCACUUUGUGUGUAAAUAUAAACCAUAAGAACAUUUCCUUUCUACCAAGACACAGCCAGGAUGUGAAGCUUAAUCUUGCUCUUGUUCUGAAUAAAUGGAUUUUCUCAUACAGAAA